AUGAAUAACUAAUCUGUUAAUGUGCUAUCGAAUGAUUAGAUAAAGAUGAAAGUAUCAGAAGUAUUUUAAACACAUUAUAUUAAUACUUAAACAUCAAAACAAGAAUAAACAAUUGUAAUUUGCUUAAUAAUAUUUGGCAACAUAAUUUGGAAUGUCAUUGGAAAUCUUUAGAAUACUGAUUUGAGUCAAUACAGCUAAGAAUUGACAAUUAAAAUUAUAGAGACCUAUUGGAUUAUAUUUCAAUAUCUGAAGAAAAAGUAAAACAUUUGUUAAAAAAUUUUUAGAACUACUUAAACUCCCGAAUCUCUUCUGAAUUUAGGUUUAGUAAUUUUACUGAUAAAUAGUUUAAUAACUACAUUAACUAUAGACAAGUAAGAUUCUUUUAAUAUUUUUUAGUGUAUAAAAAAGGUCAGAAUAAGUACUUGACUAAUUUACUUUUUUUAUAUUAAUCCAUUAAUAUAUCUACAACCGACAUUCCUUGAAAUUACAUAAUAUGCAUUAAGUAGUUGGAAUAAGUGGUGUUUUAAUAUUUUAAUGCCUAUGGGGAGAGCAUUUUUUAAGUACAAUAAAAUUGAUAACAGUUUAAUCUGUUUUUAUUUUAUCAAAAUAAUUACGAUAAUAAAGACUGUUAAAUGAAACAUCAAAUAAAAUCAAGCAAUUUAAUUAAGAAUUGGAUCAAAUGAAGUAGUAGUAACAAUAAUAAAUUAAUAAAUAUUAAGAAGAAAUAGAUUCAAAAUCUUAGAUGUAACUAUAAUCAAGGGCUAAUGAUUUAGUGAACAAAUUAAAAUUAAUUAAAUUUAAACAGUAAUGCACAAUUAAAAAUCAGAUGUUAAAAAAUGUUAGUCAAUAAUAAGAAAAAUUAUAAUCGAUGGUUUCAAUAACAGAAGUAUUUGGUAAAGAUGAAGUUGAUGAAGUUACUAAUUAAAAUUAUCAAUAAUCAACUCCAAAAUUGGAGAACUUUAAAAGAAGAGCAAGUAGAACUCUUUCAUAAAAUUCAGAUUUAAAAGGAAAGAACUUAUAAUUUGAUUAAUAUUAAUCUCACUCUGACUAAGAUAUAGUUGAGGGAGAUAAUGUUAUUACUAUUGAUGAAAUUGAUGAUCUUUUAAAUUUAUUGACAGGAAAAAAAGAUAAUAUUUGGUUACCGAAAUUUUUAAGAAGUCAUCGAUAAUUAGACUGUUAAAAUAGUAAUAAUAGUAUUUAAUAAACAUAAAAAGAAGAUUAAUUUAGUUAAGAUGCUAAAAAGUAAGUUUAUAUUAAUUUUUAGAUUCAUACUUUCACAUUUUACUUAAAGAGAAGCUUCAUUUUAAUAUAUUGAUGAUAUAAAGGAUGAUAUGGAUGACAUUGCUGAAAAAACUUUAAUAGAUUUUAAUAUUAAUUACUUAUAACCAGAUUCUACUUUAAAUAAUUUAGAUUAAUCAUAAAGAAUGCUAUUUAUUGAAGGGUCAAUAAAUUUAUUUAAAAUAUUCAAAGUGAUAUAAACAUUGAAAAUAACUAAUCUAGAAAUACUUGGAGAUUUUAGUGUCAAAAUAGAAUCUUUAUAUCAAAAUAAUUUUUAUCAUAAUUCAAUGCAUGCAAUAGAUGUUGCAAAUUCAACAGCAUUUUUCUUAUAAAAUGGAUUAUGCACUUUAAUUGAUGAUUUUUAAGCUACUUGUUUGUUGAUUUCUUCAUUAGCACAUGAUAUAGGACAUCCAGGAUUAAAUAAUGGAUUUAUGACAGCAAAUAGAUGUAGAUUAGCAUUAUUGUUUAAUGAUCAAAGUGUUUUGGAAAAUUAUCAUUCAUUUUUAUUAUUUUAAGUUCUUACUUAAAGUAAAUGCAAUAUAACUGAAAAUUUAAGUUAAAAUGAAAUCAAAGGAUUUAGAAAAUAUUGUUUAAAUCUAAUUCUUGAUACUGAUCUAACCAGACACUUUUAAUUGAUGAAUAAAUUUUAAAAUUAUUUAAAUGUUAAUGAAUCUCCUGCUAUUGAUUAACAAUUAAUUAUGUCUAUAGGAAUUAAAUGUGCAGGUAAUAUUUAUUAAUUACAAUAAUUUAGAUGUUGGUCAUGGAGCAAAGGAAUUGAAAUUACAUAAAUUAUGGAGUAGAAGAAUAGUUGAAGAAUUCUUUCUCUAAGGAGAUUUAGAAUAGUACCUUAAAGUACCAAUUUCACCAAUGUGUGAUAGAAAGUAGAAUGUUUCCAAAUCACAAGAAGGUUUCUUAAAGGCAAUUGUUUUACCAAUGUUUGAGGCCUUUUCUACAAUUUUAAAAAAGUAAUUACUUAUUAUAUUUAAAGUGAAAACAUCCAAAAAACUUGUGUUGAUUAAGUAAAACUGAAUAUAGAAUAUUGGCAAUAAUAGUAAACAGAUGAAAAUUUUAUGGAGGAAACAAUCUUUGAUACAAAUGCAGGAUUGGAAACUCUACAAAAGUUCUUAAAAGAACCUCUUCAUAUUGAGAUCUGA